CACUGAACAGGUGUAGGCGCAGGUGGAUGUAUGAGAUGCAACUUCAAGCCGUUAUAUGUGAGCUCGGAUUUACUCGGGCUUUAGGACCGCGGGAUGAGCUGGAUGAGGGGCAAGGUCUGCGCACCUCCACCAUGUAGAAGUUGUGGGUUUGUCUUGAACCUGCCUUGUGUGUCACUCGUAUCCCAGGUCUGGUGCUCCAUGGAUGCAGCGCUACACUUCAGAAGACUGAUGGGCCAUUUAUUUUACUUUUUCUACUUUUUGGAUUAUCCCCGUAGAGUCUCAUUAUCACUUUGGUGAAAUGCAAGCGACUUCAAAGUUGAGUCAAAGCUCAGAUAUGGGGAAGUCAAGACACCGCUGGGCUAACUUCUGAGCGGCCGAACUACUCUUCAUCAUGAGGCUGUGGGGCAGAGCUACAGCUGUCCGGACGAGGAUGCUCUGCCUCUGGCUGCUGGUCCUCGGGUUCGCCCUGCUUACUCUGGCGCUCUCGGACCUUUUUAACCGGAACCGGGACCAAAGUCAUCAGAAACCUGCCCCUCCCCGACGCCCCCUCCAGCGGAUUCCCAGCGCACCGGACCUGGAGGUCAUCGUGGACUACCGCGACCCUGCAUUGGAGCUCGGGGUCGAUGUCGCCCCCCUAAAAUCUUUGCAAGAAGACCAGCUUUUAUUCGUGCCAUCGACGCAGGGCACCAAAAACCCACCGCAGAAGAAGGGGAGUUACAAGGUGCUGCUGCCCGGAGCAAAUAAGGACACCCGCGUCACUCCGCCUCCAACGCACGGGGAAUUGGGCAAAGCAGUGCGUCUACACUUGGCGGGAACAGAGAAGGACAUGGAGCUUUCUGCGGUACAGAAGUACGGUUUCAACGAGGUGGUCAGUGAGAAGAUUUCACUGCAUCGCAGGCUGCCCGAGGCGCGCCAUCCUGAGUGUUUGAAGGAGCAGUACAGCGAGUCGCUGCCGUCGGCCAGUGUUGUAAUCUGUUUCCAUGACGAGGCCUGGUCCACGCUCUUGCGCACCGUGCACAGCGUGCUGGAUACUGCACCAAGACAGUACCUGCAGGAGGUUCUGCUGGUGGACGACCUGAGCCAGCACGGUCACCUGAAGAGUGUGUUGAGUGAGUAUGUGUCUCAUCUGGAUGGGGUGCGCUUGAUUCGCAGCACUAGGCGCUUGGGCGUCGGAGGGUGCCGAGCUCUGGGUGCUGCCAGAGCUGCAGGGGAAGUGCUGGUGUUCAUGGACUCUCACUGUGAAUGCCAGAAGGGCUGGCUGGAACCAUUGCUGGAGAGAGUGGCCCAGGACAGGACCAGAGUGGUGUCCCCCAUCAUGGAUGCGAUAGACUGGCAGACCUUUCAGUACAAUGCCACCCAGUGGCCAGUUAGAGGAGUGUUCGACUGGAGACUUGACUUCCACUGGGAAUCUAACCCUCAGGUGCAAGAUAAGGACCCAGACUCGGCUGUUCAACCUCUACGAAGUCCAGCAUUAGGAGGCGGAGUUGUGGCCAUCGACCGACAUUUUUUCCAGAGUGUGGGAGCCUACGACCCGGGGAUGCUGCUGUGGGGGCAGGAGCAAAUUGAGCUGUCAAUCAGGGUGUGGUCAUGCGGCGGCUCCAUGGAGGUGGUUCCCUGCUCCCGUGUAGCCCACCUAGACCGCCACCACCUGCCUUACCGCUUCCCAGACCAAGAGCUGCUUCAGAGGAACAAAAUCCGGAUAGCAGACACCUGGAUGGACGCAUACAGGAAGAUCUUCUAUAGGAGAGACACACUUGCUCAUUUCAUCAGGCAGUCUGAGAGCCCUAACAUCACAGAGCGCCUGCGGCUGAAGAGGAGUCUGGGCUGUAGGAACUUCCACUGGUAUCUGACAACAGUUUAUCCAGAACUUUACAUCCCCCAGGACAGACCUGCACUGUCAGGCGAGCUGUACAAUGUCGGCACUGGCAGCUGUGCCGACUACCCCCGAGGGCAGGGACUGCAGGGUGGGGCCAUGAACAUAGCACCAUGCAGUGGGACGGGCAACCAGCACUGCGAUCUAAACUCUGAGCUUGAAGUGCGCUGGGGUCCCAUGGGGGCUUUGUGUUUGGACGCCAGGGGAGAGAGGGUGGUCCUAUCUCCGUGCCCCAUACACCGACCAACGACCAGCGGACUCCAGUGGAAGUUCAUAAAGCUGAGUGGUCAGCUUGUUCACCAACAGUCCCAGUUGUGUCUGGAAGCCGUAAAGGAAGGAGGGCCCCCACAAAGCAGCCCAACAGCAGUCAACACCAACAAAGGAGGUCUCUUCCUGCGCCCCUGCACCCAUCACCCCAGACAACAGUGGCACUUUGAGCAACUAGUUGCUCCUAAAGGUGCCUGAAAC